CUCCUCAGUCUGUAGAGAUGUUCGGUUAGUAGAGUCAGUGGAGAGCAGAGAGUGCGCUCCGUCUUUUAAGUGCUUCCUCAACGAACAUGAGCCGGGAUGCUCCACGCACAUGAGCCGCUCCAACAAGCCGGCCGCCAUGGGCACAGAAAGCGAGAGCAUGCUGCAGCUCGCCGCAGAAGCCUUCCAGGCGAAAAACUUCGAGCUGGCCGCGGAGAUUUACGAGUGCCAGCUGGCGGCUCUGGGCGACGGAGCGAGCCGCCGACAGGAGCUGACGGUGAGGCGGGCGGACGCGCUCGCAUACGGGGGCAAAUUCGCGGAGGCUUUCGUUGUGUACCGGCAAGCCGCGGAGAUGGAGAGACUGAGACCCGCGCACCUGGGGAACCUUGUCGACUAUCUGACCUCCAUCACCAAGAUAGACAAGGCGGGUGACCGGAGAGAGGGCUCGGAGGCCGGAGCGGUCGGAUGCCCCGGCCCGGGAGCCACAGGUUGCUGCUGCCAAGAGUUCUCCUGCCGGAUAUGUCUGAGCUCGCUGUUCGAGCCCGUCACGUUGUCGUGCGGACACUGCUUCUGUAAAAAGUGUCUGGAGAAGGACACGAAAGAGUCUGAGGUCGUGUGUAAGGAGUGCAGGCUCAGCUCCGGAGUGGCCGUUCGCGGCUACAGGGUCAACGUGGUCCUCAGCAGCCUGCUCGCCAAAUGCUUCCCGAGGGUGUACCGGGCCGGCCAGCUGAGGCGGGAGGGCAACGGCCUGUACUCCCAAAACAAGGUGCAAGAGGCUCUGGAGAAAUACGACAACGCCAUCUCCAUGUCGCCCACAGACCACAUACUGUUCAGUAACCGGUCCCAGAUCCACUCCAGUCUCAAGCACUAUGACAAAGCUCUGAGAGAUGCUGAAAUGGCCUGCAGACUCAUGCCUCUGUGGUCCAAGGGUCAUGUUCGUAAGGCACAGGCUCUGGUGUCACUUGGCAGGACUGAAGAAGCACUGAGAGAAUACCUACUAUGUCUUUCCAUAGAGCCUGAGUGUCGACUGGCAAGGAAUGAAGCUAAUAAGCUUCUUAGUGACCUCCUAGCUCCUGUGACAGAUCAGGUGCCCGAUCGGAUCUGUGACUUUCCCAGCAUCCUUUCCUCCAGAGGACGCAUCAAGAAUAGUGUCAGUGCUCCUUCGCAACUCUUUGGCCCUGGCCCCCUGUCUUUGGAGUUGAGCAGAACUUCAACUGCUCCUGUGGUAGGGAGGUUGGAUCGCAGUGAGUUCAAAGUUCAGGACGAGAAGAAAAUGGACAACUACCUUCUUCAUGUGCGGAAGCGAAAGAUCACAAAGGACGACUGCGAUGAGGAGAAUGGAACAAAGGGAAGGGGUGAUGCUAACAAAAGACUGAAGACUGAGUCAGCAGAAGCGAACGAUCUGUUAAGUUCUGCAGUUGGUGACAUUUUGGAUCCAACAGAUCUGGAAUGUUCUCUUUGCAUGAGAUUGCUGUAUGAGCCGGUGACGACUCCGUGUGGUCACACCUUCUGUCUUCAGUGUCUCAAGAGAUGUCUGGACCACAACCCAAAGUGUCCCCUCUGCAAAGAAGAGUUGUCAGAAUACCUAGUCCAAAGGCAAUACUGCAAGACUGCAUUAAUGGAAAACCUCAUUGCGAGGUAUCUUCCGUCUGAACUCAUGGAAAGACAGAAACUCCACGACGAGGAGAUGGCUGAGCUUUCCAACCUCAACAAGAAUGUGCCGAUAUUUGUGUGCACCAUGGCCUUCCCCACUGUGCCCUGUCCUCUGCAUAUCUUUGAGCCCUGCUACCGACUGAUGAUUCGCCGAUGCAUGGAGACGGGAACCAACUGCUUCGGCAUGUGUCUCGGGGAUGACCUCAAAGGGUUUGCAGACUACGGAUGCCUGCUGGAGAUUCGGGACGUGACAUUCUUCUCUGAUGGGCGCUCGGUUGUGGACACCAUUGGCAGACGGAGAUUUAAAGUUGUCCAACACAGCGAGAGAGAUGGAUACAACACAGCCGACAUUGAGUACCUGGAGGAUGUCAAGGUGGAGGGCUUGGCAGUGGGCGAGCUGCAGUCUUUACAUGACACAGUCUAUGAACAGGCGCUGGUCUGGGUAAACUCCCUAAAAACGGAGCAGAAGGAACGUAUUGAGGGGCACUUUGGACCCAUACCUGAGAAAGACCCUGAACUUCAGGCCAGUCCAAAUGGUCCAUCAUGGUGUUGGUGGCUACUUGCUGUUCUUCCAUUAGAGGGCCGAGCCCAGCUGCCUUUCCUGGCCAUCACGUCUCUGAAGGACCGCCUGAGCGGCAUCCGCAAAGUUCUGCUCUUCAUGGCCCGCAGCAGACAUCGGGGACAUGCUGUGGGCCAGAGGUUCUAGUCCCACCUGGCCCCCAUAAUUUCCCCCCAGUCGCCAAUGAGCAGUUGAUCUGUUGUUUUUAUUCUUGUUGAGGCUUCCUUUCGAAGCCGUGGCACGUUCUUUCUUGUAGCACAAUCCGCAUACACAUCAAGAACAAGACAAUCCUUUGACCUAUCUUCAACUUCCAUUCAUCUGAGGGCUCUUCAUACCAUCCGGAAAGCCAGCCUUUCUCUUUUUUUCAUCUUUGCAAUGUUAAGACAGAGCAGAUGUAUAUUUCAUUACCUAUAAGGAUGAUCAAUUUGUACCAUUUUACAUGACGCUAAUGCGCACAACCUGGCUCCAGUUGCCACCUGGAAGCACCAAAGUCAUCGUAUUUUGGCGUUUUCUGCAUGGCACUCCUCCACUUUUAUAAUUCUCUGUGCUUUUAAUGUGAGAUAAUACACAAAAAUGGAACAAUAAUGUGCAAUAAUUUUUUUCUUCAAAAUGAGUUGCCCAACAGCUUUAAAGUAAAUACAAUCCCCCUCUCCUUCCGAUAUUCUGUUUGUAUGUGUGUAGAGUGUUUAACAAAUUUAUUAUACCACCUGUCUUGUAACAAAGAAGUAGUAGCAUCAUGAAGUGCUUGUAGGCUUACUCUUUCAUUUUCAGUCAUAAGCGUUUUUGAAUGGCAAUGAGCAAUUUCAAGUGGAAUUCAACAUUUUGUAGCCACAUUUGAGCCGCCUCACUGGGCCUCAAUUAUGAAGAUUUCUGUUCACGGAUUGUGAAGUGAAUGUGCUCUCUCCCACAGACAAACUAUAGUUUAGCAUCAAAAUGGAGAUUUUUGUUAAAGUCCUUCUCUUUACUCGUGUGUUACUCAUUAGAGAAACAAUGAAAAAAUAUUUGGUAUCCAUCCAUUUUCCAUACGGCGACUCUUAACGUGGGUCAUGGGUGUGCUACAGCCUAUCCUGGCUGACUCUGGGCGAAGGGCGGGUUCCAUCCUGAGCUGGUCGCCAGCCAAUAGCAGGGUGGAAUACAUUUAUUUGUCAAGCAAUUCAUAUUUCUAAGUGUACUUAUUCUGUGAGAGACCAAACAUACUUUUUGUUGAAAUGCACUCACUGCAAUCAAGCAAAUUACAGUUGAGAAAAUAUUGCUUUGACAUCUCUCAAAUGAAACUUCACCACAAAAAAAAACACUUAAAUAGCAGCACGUAUGAUGAAAUUUCCCUUUUGCUGCUUUGUAAUCUGUGUUGGACUGUAUAUUUCUAAUUGAUUUGACUGUUUUUCUUUUUUAAUUGUGACAUUUUGCUUUUUCUCCAUUAUUUAUUGCAAUUAUUUAUGCAAGCAGUGACAUUGUUUACAUUUGUUGUAAAGAAGCUCAUUUUCUACAGGAUUAUUUUUGUAUUAGACACCUCUGAAGGUCAGCCAUAAUACAGGCUGUACCAGUGUGGGGGGGGGACAACCCCUCUCAAAAAAAAAAAUCCGACAUUGCUGCUCAACUCAAAACCAUACAUUUCAGUUGAACAUUGAUUUGUAAUUAUUUGGUUUAUUUGGUACUUCCACCCAAAGUAGGGGAAAUAACUUCCAUAAUAUUAAAUAAUUCCAUAGGAUGAGGUCUUCUCUUCAAAAAAAAAAAAAAUCAAUUUAAAUGUCAGUGUUGUAAAUGCAUUGUGAAAACCUUUUUUUAAAAUAAAUAAUGCAAAUGUGUAAAUUGAAAUCAUAUACAGUGAAAAGGGAUACAUUUUGGAUAAAAUUGCCAUGCCGUGUUGAUUUUAGCGAGAGCUUUGUUUUCAAACGUUUUUGUACACGUGUGAAUUUGAGUUUCUGUUAAGGUUAUGUUUAUUUAUUAAUUUCACAGGGUCUCGUGAUGUCAUAUGCAAGAGUACAGAGAUGUCACAUUUUAUUAAUUUACUAAUUGUACAGGUAUGUCCAUUCAUCUACAUUGGAAUAGCUGCUUCUCCAACAUAUUUGAUAUUUUUGCACAACAACAUUUGAGGCAAUGAAAUAUUUUAGGAUCAAUGGUGGAUAAGAAUAGUAGGUUAUUACUGUAUAUCUAAGUUAAUGUUUUGAUUAUUUGCCUCCAAAUUCUGAAAAUACCGUAAUAAAUACAUUAUAAUAAUUGUUGGGCCAAAGUCAAAUGUAAUUACACCUGGAGUGUAAAAACAUUCUAAAAUUUGUCAACGUGUUUCACCCAGUAGGAAUUAUAAAUAUCAUAGUUGAUAAUAAUUACAGUAAAAAUGAUGUAACCCACAUUUUUAUUUGUAAGCUUAAAAGGUGAAGCUUGAGGUGCAACGAAUCAUCUUCCAUUGACAGCAGUUCUAGUGCCUUAAGUUGGACUUCUUCUCAUUUUGUAGGAACUGGAAUGUGGUAUUGUGUGCAGAAUUAGAGGGUUCGUUAAAUAAUGUUAGGAUUAAUUUUAGACUGAUCCCAUGCAUCUUUAAUUUCACUGCAUCCCACUCUGAACCCCGAAUCAAGUAUUUUGUAUUGCAUUGAUGAUGAUCAUCAUGGUAAAAUGUUCAAUGGAAGAAUCACUUCAAAAAUCCAGAAACAGAGAAAUAAAAAAAAUAAAAAUACCAGCUUCAAUCAAGGACUGGUUUUGUUCAAUGUUGAGUGUAACUAAACCUAAUUCUGCUCUAAAAUCACCACUGGUCAUUUUUGACAGUGUUUAUCAAGGGCUGGAAAAAUCCCAGGUGGAGAGUGAGUGACCAAGUAGGUUUAAUAUUAACUUUUUUUUUUCACAUUUUUUCAAAUGAAUGCUAAAAUGAGUUAAGGAGGUUAUGUAUGUUUUUGUAUUCCUUAGUCAAAUGCAAGCCCAUUUGGAAAGUAGCAAUGCUUCCUUUGAGACUUCUGGUUUAAAGAACCUUACUGCACAAAAAAGCAAAGCUGACGAGGGUUAUGAAGAUGUCAGUUAAAUUUUUGCUGCUUCCUUUUGUUUACUGUUAAACGAUAUAAUGCAAUUGUCUGACUCUCAAAAGUAAACUUGAUGUUUAAAGGUUGUUGUGGCAGUGAAAGUCCCAAUAAAUGUCACUGUACUGUCAAACUGGAGAUGUGAUAAGUCUCAUUUUGCACACGGGAACAGUAAACAAUGCAAAUGUAGAGCUUAUUGUUAUUAAUGGUUCACUUGAGAACUUAAAAUAUGUUAACAGUAUGUAAAGCACUUUUGGAGGAAUUGAUGACAGAGAAAGUCCUUUUUCAAAUCUAAGGACUGAUAAAUAAAGAAAAAAAAAUCACUCAGGACAUACAGUACACUGUAUGUGCCGGUGCCUCCAGUCCAAUAUUUUGCUAGUAGAAUUGGUCUUGAUGUUUGAAUUGUUUAAGUUACACGGUGGACGACUGGUUAGCACAUCUGCUUCACAGUUCUGGGGACCCAGGUUAAAUCCAGCCUCACCUGUGUGCCGUUUGGAUGUUCCCCACGUGCCAGCGUGGGUUUUCUCCUGGUACUCCAAUCCCCCCAUCGACCCAUAUCCACAAAACAUGCAUGGUAGGUUGAUAGAAGACUCUAAAUUGCCCUUAAAUGUAAAUAGUUGUUUGUUUAUAUGUGCUCUGCGAUUGGCUGGCGACCAGUUCAGGGUGCAGCUAAUCUCACGCCCAAAGUCAGAUGGGAUGGGCUCCAGCACACCCGCAACCCUCGUUUGGAAAAGAAAUGAAUGAAUAAUUCAGAAACCAACAAGACUACCAAAUAAUCUUCGACAUUGUGUAUUGUUGUCUUGUCAGAUGGUAGUGGAAAAUUCAAUGUGGAUGUACUGUAAUAAGUUGGCCUAAGUGAGUUGAAAGUUACCUCAUUGUUUGGAAAAAAAAAAGAUGUCUUCCUCUUGCACAAUUUUUUUUUUUUUUGUAUUCUACAAGGUUGGCUAGGCUUCCUAAAUGUUUACUGGUUUCAUCAUGAGUUUCGAUCAAUUGUUGAUCUCAGGAAAACAGAAAGUUUCGUGUAUAAUUUAAAAUGACAUUUUGAAAUUGUUAUUCAUCAUAAAAUGAGGUUUUAAGGAAGCUAUGUAUCAUCCCCAUUUUAUUAGGGUGUCUUAAUAAUGCAAAAUAUAUCAGGCUUUGUUUAGUACCCUAUUACCACCAACCCAUCCAAUUUCUAUACAGUUUGUCCUUAUUUCGGUCACAGAGGAGCUGGAGCCUGUUCCAACUGAUUUUAGGUGACAGGUGGGGUACCCCGUAGACUAUAAGUUCCCUAGAUUGCAGGACAUUUCAAAACAAACAACUGAGACUCAACCUCUCAACUGUGAGGCGGACAUGUAAUUUACUAAUGUUGUAAUAACACCAUUGUAAUAAUUCCUAGAAAACAGGAGGCUUGACUGAUGUGCGGCAUAUAUUUAUACUGUUCAUUUUCCAGGGUCACAUAAUGUGCACAGGCCAAUUUUGACCUGGACCAAGAACAAAUCAUGAACUGUAAUCCUUUUCACAAUUGCUGACACUAAUAAAGGGAUAAUUCAUUAACUAAUUAAUUGAUUAAUUAAUAAUUAAUCCUCAUUCUGUGUCUCAGAGUAGUGAAAGUGUGUGCUUGCUGGUAUUUAUUUUUGGAGAUAGAGAUGUUAAUAUUAAUGCGCAUGUUAAUUAGGACAUUUUUAUGAUUUCUUUAGUAUGCUGCAAUCAUUUUAAUCCUCUUUUAGUCUUUGUGUUUCGCUUGUGAUCCUUCAAAGAUCCUCAGGUGCAUGUUUAUGUGGGAACAAAUGUGGUGGAAAGAUAGUUCUCAGGACUGGUUCAAACUUCCCUGUGAACACCAUCUCCACUGCCCCCUAAAAAUAAAAUAAUGAUCACCACUUUUUCAUGAAACACAUGCUGGUAACUUGUUUGGUUUUUGUGUGGGAGGGGGAGAACAGCCUUAGGCCAUCAUAUUUUACAGUGAAGUCCAUUUAGGGGAUUUUUAUUGCUGUUCCAGUGGAUCGCCACAGCUUGUCACGACCCAUCGGAACGGGAGUAGGACCCAAAUGCAAGGCUCGGAAGAUGCAAGGUAGUUCGGGGAGAAACGUUUAUUAUUCCGUGGUCGGGGAUCGGGC